CAACGAGCAGGGCGCGCACACAUGGUUAACCUUCGUCUCCUGAACCCGUUCCUGAACAAAACGCGAUAUUACAUUGCCGUGGUACAAGCAAGCCUCGAUUUUCACGCUCGCCUCGCAAAUUGUGUGUGUUUUUCCCCACGCCUGGUAAAAUAAAGCCUUCGCAGUUGUACUUAAUCGACGCCCACACCUCACAGUUGCCAAGUGUGCGUGUCCCGAAGCGAAAGCUGUGCGCAUUACGUAAAUAACAAGUCGGUAAAGAUUGUUUUGAAUAUUCGCGUACAAUCCUUGGCUCGGGAAGUCGGUCGGCGAUUCCUUUCCAUUGGGGCGAGCGUACGUCGGGUGCUUCCUGUACGCUUCACAGCCCACCCCUCAAACCAGCUAUCUCGUGGCUGUGCAGUGCAGUGUGUUGUGAGAUCGUCGAUUUUGCCCGUGACCGAUCCGGCAAGCACACAAGUGUGCACAGGAACCGGAAUAAUCGGGCCAGUAGUGUGUCGGUGAAGGGGGAUUGAUGCGGUUUCGUGACGGUAGGAGUGUGUCCGCAAGUGGUUAGCUAAAAACAGCUGCAGCGGCAUUGGUGCAGGCAGCAGUAGCGCACCAUCAACACGGAUCCCCCGGAUGUGCUGGUAGUGACUGCGAAAGUGCAACGCAAAACGGCGUGAAAAUAGUUUACGAAUACAUUCCGGCAUUCGCGGCAGUGAUCGGUGGAAGGUGCGAGUUCCACGCAAAAGCUGCAAGACCGACGUGAAGGAAACCAGCAUGAAUCGAAUGGCGCUGAAGAAGUCUUCCUACGGUAUUGAAGAGGAUGAUGACGACGAGGAGGAAGAGGCCGACGACAAGGGAGGCGAUUCAACUGACUCUGAUUUCGACGACGAUGAAGAUCCGGACGAGAUUGAAGUACCAGGCGGUGGGAAAGAUCUUGCAACGGUUGCCACGCUAACGAAGAAGUACAAAACGGAAGCGGCCAGCAGUUCGAACGUCGUUGGCGCUACUGGAUUGAACCGGAUCGGUAUGGCAGCGACCGGCAUUAGCAAAACCGACCCACAGCCCCAACAGCCACAGCAGCAGCAGCACAAACAACAACCGGCGCAGCAGCAGCUGAACAAGAUCAGCAACUUUGUGAUGAAGCAACCUUCCAAAGAUUCGAUUGCGGCGGCAAGUGGUGGCACCGGCGGCUACAACACAACCGCCAUGAAGCCAAGCGUCGGUGCAAGGUUAGGUGGGGUUGGUACGACACCGGGCACCGGUGGCAGUGUGGAAAUGUCCGGCAUGGGGUACGGUGGAAACUCAUCGCUCGCCGGUGGUGGCGGCACCACCAGCACGAUCGGUGCCGACAGCAUGAACAAAAUCAUGACCAACCAGCUAAUGUUGCAAAACCUGCAAGCGAUGCUGGUGGCCAACCCGCACUACCUGACCAGCGGCAUACCGACGCAAUUGAUCUCACAGAUGGUGAUGGCGGAUCCCAGCAAGCUGCAGUUGAACCAAAUGCCCGAAGAGGAAGAAGCGGAGGACGAAGAGAUGGGUGUGGCGGAAACGUACGCGGAAUACUGGCCCGCAAAAUUGAAAAUCGGUAAAAAGCAUCCGGAUCCGGUGGUGGAAACGGCUUCGCUAUCUUCCGUGGAACCGAGCGACGUUUACUACCAGGUAUCCAUCCCCCCGGAGACGAUCAACGGUGGGUUGUUGAGUGCGCUGCAGCUAGAAUCGAUAACGUACGCGAGCCAGGCCCACGCCCACCUACUGCCGGACGGUACGCGGGCCGGCUUUUUGAUCGGCGACGGAGCGGGUGUUGGUAAGGGCCGCACGAUCGCCGGCAUUAUCUACGAGAACUAUCUGAAGGGGCGCAAAAAAUCCAUCUGGAUAUCGGUGUCGAACGAUCUGCGGUACGAUGCGGAACGGGAUUUGCGGGACAUUGGAGCGGGGAAAAUCGAGGUGCUUGCACUGAACAAGCUAAAGUAUGCCAAAAUUAACUCCUCCGUUAAUCACAACGUCAAGAAGGGUGUUAUAUUCGGCACAUACUCCGCCCUGAUCGGGGAGUCGCAAAGCACGGCGGGAAAGUACAAGUCACGGUUGAAGCAGCUGCUCCAGUGGUGCGGCCCAGACUUUGAUGGUGUGAUCGUGUUUGACGAGUGUCACAAGGCGAAGAACUUGUGCCCGGUCGGGUCGAGCAAACCGACCAAAACGGGUCUGACGGCGUUGGAGCUGCAGAACAAGCUGCCGAAGGCGCGCGUAGUGUAUGCGUCCGCUACGGGCGCGUCCGAGCCGCGCAACAUGGCGUACAUGGUGCGGUUGGGAAUAUGGGGCCAGGGAACGCCCUUUCCUUCGUUUAACGAUUUUAUACAGGCCGUUGAAAAGCGUGGAGUCGGUGCGAUGGAAAUUGUGGCAAUGGAUAUGAAGCAGCGUGGAAUGUACAUUGCCCGACAGCUCAGCUUCCACGGUGUAACGUUCAAGAUAGAGGAGGUACCGCUGACGAAGGACUUUAAGCAGGUGUACGAUGCGUCUGUUGAGCUGUGGGUGGAAGCGAUGCAAAAGUUUACCGAAGCGGCAGAACUGAUCGAUGCCGAGAGCCGCAUGAAGAAAACGAUGUGGGGCCAGUUCUGGUCGGCGCAUCAGCGUUUCUUCAAGUAUCUGUGCAUCGCGUCGAAGGUGAACCACGCCGUGAAGGUGGCCCGGGAAGCCAUCAAGUACGGCAAGUGCGUCGUCAUCGGGUUGCAAUCGACCGGCGAAGCGCGCACGCUCGAGCAGCUCGAGCGUGACGAUGGUGAGCUGAGCGAUUUCGUUUCCACCGCCAAAGGUGUCCUGCAGUCGUUGGUGGAAAAACAUUUCCCAGCGCCGGAUCGAAACCGUAUCAAUCGGUUGCUGGGGUUGACGGAAAAUCGUACCCAGCUGAACAGUAUUCUGGACGAUAUUGCCCGUAGCAGGAAGGAGCAGGCUGCUGCCGCAUCGUCGACCGGGCGGGACGCGAAACGUAAGCGGGCCGGAAUGGCUGCAACGAAAGUGGCGGGCGUGCCAAAGACAAAGCGUUCCAGAAACGACGGUUCGUCGGACGAGGACGAUGGUUCGUCGUCGGAUGCGUCGUCGUCUGCUUCUUCGCCGAAACGGUCGAACGAAUCGGACUUUCAACCGUCGGACAGUGAACCGGAAGAGAGCGACAACGACGACCACUACGACAGUGCUGCCAGCCAGAGCGACGAGUACAAUCCAUUCUUUACCGGGUCGGGCAGCGACGACGAUGAUCCGUGGGUGAGCAGCAAAACGAAAUCGUCCGUUAGCAGAUCGUCGAAGGUGAAGACGAAAGGUAAGUCUUCUACUGCUGCCGCUACUCCGAUGGCGGUUGCUGCAACGGCCGCAAGGAAGAAACCGGUCAGCACGCAGGACAAGAUACAGGCGCACCUGACGAAGAAGCAAACCGACACGAAGCCCACCACGAUUCAGUCCAGCAACGGGUUCUCGAUCCAGCUGGCCGGUGGUCCACCGCCCAAGGAUGCCAUCGAACGGGCGUGCCAGAUGAAGGACGAGCUGUUGGCGAAGAUAGAGCGUUUAGGCGAUCGGCUUCCGGCCAACACGCUCGAUCAGCUAAUCGACGAGCUGGGCGGUCCGGAAAACGUUGCCGAAAUGACGGGUCGCAAGGGGCGGGUGGUACAGAACGACGACGGUUCCAUUCAGUACGAGUCGCGCUCGGAGCAGGACGUCCCGCUGGAAACGCUUAACAUAACGGAAAAGCAACGCUUCAUGGACGGCACCAAGGAUGUGGCAAUCAUCUCCGAAGCAGCCUCGAGCGGUAUUUCGCUGCAAAGCGACCGACGGGUUCGAAACCAGCGACGACGCGUACACAUAACGCUCGAGCUGCCGUGGUCCGCCGACCGGGCAAUUCAGCAGUUUGGCCGUACGCAUCGCUCGAACCAGGUGAACGCACCCGAAUACAUGUUCCUUAUCUCAGACCUGGCCGGUGAGCGGCGCUUCGCCUCAACCGUAGCCAAACGGCUCGAGUCGCUCGGUGCCCUCACGCACGGUGACCGGCGCGCGACUGAAACGCGCGAUUUGUCGCAGUUUAACAUCGACAACAAGUACGGCCGGACGGCGCUGGAGGCGGUGAUGAAGACGAUCAUGGGUUACGAGGCACCGAUCGUACCCCCGCCGGCCGACUAUCAGGGCGAUUUCUUCAAGGACGUGGCGGGCGCGCUCGUUGGCGUGGGUUUGAUCGUCAACAGCGAACAGAUGCCGGGCGUGCUGAGCCUGGACAAGGACUACAACAACAUAUCGAAGUUCCUCAACCGUAUCCUCGGCAUGCCGGUCGAGCUGCAGAACCGGCUGUUCAAAUACUUUACCGACACCCUGGAGGCUACGAUCGAGCAGGCGAAGAAGCGGGGCCGAUUCGAUUUGGGCAUUUUAGAUCUUGGUGCAGCAGGCGAGAACGUGACACGCAUCAAGCUGAUCCGAUUUGCCCGCAAACAUUCUACCGGCAUUGCGCCGACCGAGCUGCACGUCGUUAAGGUGGAGCGUGGCAUGAUCUGGCAGGAAGCAAUCGACAAAUGGGCAGAACUCGGUGGCGAAAAGGAGGGUUUCUACAUCUCGCAACAUCCCCGCAACGGUAAGUACAACGUGAUACUGGCAAUCGAGAUCGAGAAUCCGGCCAAGAAGAAAACGCUGACCGGGGACCGGGAUGCGAAGGGCAGGAAGGAGGCCACCCUGUUCCAGCUCUACCAUCCCAACACGGGCCUCCAGUUCAAGCACGAGACGCUAGCCGAGCUGGAGAAAAAGUACAAAAAGGUGCUCAGCACGGAAGCGGAACCGCACUGGACGCAGCUGUACGACGCGUCGAUCAACACCUGCUCGCACAGCUACUGGAAGGGCCAGUGUCGUAACGUUUCGCUCGGGCAUGAGUGUGAGGUCGGUUUACGACGCCGUACGUACAGCGUGCUGUCCGGCUCGGUACUGGCCGUGUGGGCCCGGGUCGAGAAUAGUUUGGCGGCGCGCAUCGGCGCCCAGUCCCGGCUGCAGGUGAUCCGGCUGAAGACGAAGGAAGGUGUGAAGAUCGUCGGUACGCUCAUUCCAAAGAACUGCGUCGAGCAGCUGGUAAAGGAUCUGGCCACCGAUUCCGAGAAGGUGGACGAGGUGAUCUUUGACGAUCAGUAAAGUUCGAAUGUAAACCCAUCACCCAUGCUCAAUGCUACUGAUUCCGACAACGUCCGACGUGCGCCGGUUCCGCCGUUCUCUUGCUCGGGGAACUGAAAACGAGUGGAGAUAUUUCGCUUUUGUUUUCGAUACAAGACAAAGCCGUGAUCCUGCAAACGGUCGCAAUCCACACACACACACACAUUCAAAAUAGAGUAGUCCGUCUUAUGGUAGUGGUAAAACGCAAGAUUCCCCAAGUUUAGUUUAGUAGCGACUGGUGUCCUUCGAAGAAGAACCUAUUUUGCGUUGUAAAGUUUUUGUAUAAAUUAUCCUAGUUUUAACAACGAACCCGAGCGUUGACACUUGAACCAGCUGGCCAGCACUUUAAGAACAAAUGCGCCCGCCUUCGAUCGUUUCACCGUAUGUACUUCUGUCGUCGCCUGUCUGCCUGUAAUGUUAUCCCUACUUUCAGUGAGAUCUACUAGCGAUAUCUCUCUCUCUCGUGCCCAAUCGGAGAAGAUAGCCAAUAAAGGAUUUAGUGAAAAAAAAA